AUGGCCUCGGGUCUCCCCAGAAAACGCGAGGCGUCUGACGAUGACAGUGGCGUGUCGAGUGUACUGUUAUCGAAGCGGACUAAGGCCGAAACUACCUCUUCCAGCUGCGGUGUUGUCCCUCGGAACGCACCCCCCCGUCAGCAACAUGCGAACGGGUCCCGAUCCCAUUCUUCCCAUCCCAAAAGCCAGUUCGAAUCCGAUGUCCUCGAAGCGAUCGACCGAGUCAUAAAACAGGGGGCCACGGGAAAGGACCAGACAUGGGGCAGGCCGCCGUUGACUGGCUUUGACCCCGACAAUCAGGAUCUUUGCUUCCAGCAGAUUGAAGCCGAGGAAGGGACCCUCGAUGGUGGCGCUACUGUUGUCAGGCUUUUUGGUGUCACCAAGGAAGGCCAUUCUGUUAUGCUCCACGUCACUGACUUCCGACACUACCUCUACGUUGCCGCUCCAGCUGCCUUUUUGCCUCAACAUUGCGCUGGUUACAAAGACUACCUCAACUCCAAACUUCCUUCCCUUUCCUGCGUCUACUCCACUCAGCUCGUGCUGCGGGAGGAUGUCUACGGCUUUCGAGGAAACCAGCAAGGCCCCUACAUCAAGAUCACCUUGUCAGACCCCAAGUCUUUACCAAAGGUCCGGUCACUCAUCGAGAGGGGCGACGCCAACUUCCACGGCAUGUGGACCCUCGAUGGGACUGUGAUGACGUAUGAUAACAUCCAGUAUGUUGUGCGUUUCAUGGUAGACUGUGGUAUCUCGGGAAUGUCAUGGGUCGAGGCCCCCAAGUCAACGUAUACCGUUCUCCCUGCAUCCAAACGCCAAUCGACAUGUCAGAUCGAAGCCAAAGUACACUAUCGCGAUCUCAUCGCUCAUGCUCCAGUGGGCGAGUGGUCCAUCGUGGCGCCUCUCAGAAUUCUUUCGUUCGACAUCGAGUGCGCUGGGCGCAAGGGUAUUUUCCCGGAGGCAGACUGCGAUCCUGUCAUACAGAUCGCCAACAUCGUGACUCGAUAUGGGGAAAAGAAGCCGUUCAUACGGAAUGUGUUUUGUCUUGGUUCCACCGGCUCCAUCGUCGCCACUGAAGUCAUAGAACAUCAGAAUGAGGGCGAGAUGCUUCGAAACUGGGCUCAGUUCCUGCUCGAAGUCGACCCUGAUGUUAUCAUUGGUUACAAUAUUUCCAAUUUCGACUUCCCUUACCUUCUCGACCGGGCAAGAUAUCUGCGGGUCGAGAAUUUCAAUUUUUGGACCAGAUUAAAGAACGUCCCAUCUCAAGCCAAAGACACAAGCUUCUCGAGCAAGCAGAUUGGGAAUCGUGAUACCAAAGCAACAAAUACCAAUGGCCGACUUCAACUCGACUUGCUUCAACUCAUUCAACGUGAUCAUCAGCUACGGAGCUAUACGCUCAAUUCAGUUUGUUCGCAGUUCCUUGGAGAACAAAAGGAAGAUGUCCAUUAUACAAUCAUCACUGAGCUGUAUAAUGGCAACCCUGAAUCAAGGCGCCGUCUUGCUCUCUACUGUUUGAAGGAUGCAUAUCUCCCUCAAAGAUUGAUGGACAAGCUAUCUUGCCUUGAGAACUAUACUGAGAUGGCACGAGUUACAGGCGUUCCCUUCAAUUUCCUUCUUUCUCGCGGACAACAAGUCAAAUUCAUCAGCCAACUAUUCCGUAAGGCUCUACAAAAAGGCCUAGUGAUCCCAAAUCUACGAUCAGAGUCUUCUUCUGAUGAUCAGUAUGAGGGUGCUACGGUUAUUGAACCGGCUCGGGGUUAUUAUGAUAUUCCUAUUGCAACCCUUGACUUUGCUUCUCUUUAUCCUAGCAUCAUAAUGGCCCACAAUCUAUGUUAUACAACUCUUGUAGACCAGCAAGUGGCUAGGACAUUGGGUCUCAAGGCCAAUGAGGAUUAUAUUAUCACUCCAAGCGGCGAUUGUUUCGUUACGACCAAACAACGGAAAGGCAUCCUUGCUGAGAUUCUUGAGGAGCUCUUGACAGCAAGGAAACAAGCGAAGCGAGAGUUGGCGAUAGAGACAGACCCAUUCAAAAGAGCUGUCCUCAACGGACGACAACUCGCACUGAAAAUCAGUGCCAACAGCGUAUAUGGUCUUACUGGCGCAACUGCAGGCAAGCUCCCCUGCCUCGCUAUUGCCAGUAGCACCACAGCUUUUGGACGGCAGAUGAUUGAGCAAACAAGAGAUGAAGUCGAGAAGCGGUUCAGUAUUCUGAAUGGCUAUUCACAUGACGCACAUGUCAUUUAUGGAGACACAGACUCAGUCAUGGUACGAUUUGGUAAUUCUGAUCUUGCACAGGUCAUGAAAUUAGGCGAGGAAGCCGCUCAACACGUGUCAGCUCGGUUCAAAGCCCCUAUCAAGCUUGAGUUUGAGAAGGUCUACUUCCCUUACCUCCUGAUCAACAAGAAGCGCUAUGCCGGCCUCUUUUGGACCAGGUCUGACCAUUGGGACAAAAUGGAUACCAAAGGCAUCGAGACUGUGCGGCGAGAUAACUGUACACUGGUCGGUACAGUCAUCGAGAGGAUUUUACGCAUGAUCCUUAUCGAGCGGGACAUCAUUGGCGCGCAGGAAUAUGUCAAAUCAGUCAUAGCCGAUCUGCUCCAGAACAAAAUCGACAUGUCCAAGCUGAUCAUCACCAAAGCUCUUACCAAAGAGUCCUACGAGGCCAAGCAGGCGCAUGUGGAGCUUGCACGCCGGAUGAGGAAGCGAGACCCCGGUUCGGCUCCAGCACUGGGCGAUCGCGUCGCAUACGUGAUGGUGAAGGGUAAAAUCGGGUCUAAGAACUUUGAGAACUCUGAAGACCCAAUGUACGUCCUGGAAAACAACAUCCCGAUCGACACCAAGUACUACCUCGAGAAUCAAUUGUCCAAGCCGCUACUGAGAAUCUUUGAACCGAUUCUCGGCGAUAAGACCAAGUCGCUCCUCAACGGAAGCCACACGCGGACGGUGACGGUGGUCGCCCCGACGGUCGGCGGUCUGAUCGGGUUUGCGAAAAGGAUGCCGACAUGCAUGGGCUGCAAGAGACCUCUGAAAAGCGCAGGUGAAAGCGCGGUGUGCGAGAACUGCACUAGUCGUAUUCCAGAACUGUGCCAGCGGGCGGCAGAGCGCGUCUCUGAUCUCGAGGUACGGUUCUCGCGUCUCUGGACACAAUGUCAGAGGUGUCAGGGCAGUCUGCACUGCGAGGUAAUUUGUUCGGCCAAGGACUGCCCCAUCUUCUAUAUGCGUGCCAAGGCACGAAAGGACUUGCAGGACGCAUCGAAGGAAUUGGUGAGGUUUGACGCCGAUGUGGCGUCGACAUGGUAG